AUGUCAGAGGAGAAUGAUCGGUCGGAUGGAGUUGAGACUGGUUCUGAUGGGACUGAGGAUGAAACAUACGAACCUGGAUCAAAUGAGUAUGAAGAGAAUGAGGAUGAUGAUGGGGAAUUUCUCGCAGAAGCAUUUGAUUUUGUAGAUAAAAUUACAAGUGAUGUAGCCGAGUCUUCAAGACAGAGAAAGUCAAAAUGGAGAGCUAAUGUUGAUAUUAACAUUUUCUCAGAGAAUGAAGUGUCAGAAAUAGUUGUGAGGGCUGAACAUGAUGAUAUUGUAUUAAGAGGGAGUGAUGACGAAAACAAUUGGAUGAUGCCUACAGAUUUUGCCCAAGCACAAUUUCGUGAGGUUCACCUGGAGUUAGAAAUGGUCUUUCCCACUCUUAAAUUGUUUAAAGAGGCUAUGAAGGACUAUAAUAUAUAUCUUGGGAGGGUUGUGAAGUUUAAGAAGAAUGACAAGAUUAGAUACAGUGCCGCUUGUGUCGUGGAACAUUAUGAGUGGAAAAUUUUCUAUUCAUGGGCUGAGCAUGUAGGGGGUUACCAGAUCAAGACUUUAUAUCCCACUCACACUUGCAGUAGGGUCUUGAAGAAUCCUCUAGCAGACAGAAAAUGGGUGGGAAAGAAGGUAGUGGAUGUCAUGAGUUAUCCAAAUAUUACCGCAAAAUAUGCAACCAAAUUCAUGGCUUAUAAUUAUCAGGUUCAAUUGGUAGAGAUAAGGUUGUACAGAUCUUUGGAAAUAACCAGAGACAUUGUUGAAGGGUUUGAGAAGGAACAAUUUACUGCAUUUUGGGAUUACUGUCAAGAGAUAAGAAGGAGCAAUCCUAGGUCAACUGCAAGGUUAAGUGUCGAGAGGGGAUAUUAUGGAGGUACUCUAUUACUAGUAGUGAUUCAAGAUUCGAACCAGGCUUUCUAUGCCAUUGCAUACGCAGUUGUUGAGAUGGAGACUAAGGAAACAUGGAAGUGGUUUCUUACAAGGCUAUUUGAGGAUAUGGGAUACCCUAAUGAGCAUGGUUGGGAAGGUUUACUGCCAGCAGUUCAAGAAGUAUGCCCAGGAACUAGACAUAGGUUCUGUAUGAAGCACUUUUACCAUGGUCCAAUCACUCUAGCAGCUCAGACCAAACUCGAGGAUGCUAAGAAACAUGCCAACAAGUGGCAUCCAAUGUGGGUGGGGGAUCCUGGUGGCUCAAUGUUCCAAGUGCUGCACAUCUACAGGCCAAGUGAGAAAUUUGUAGUAGACUUGAAUGAGAAGAGUUGUUCUUGCAAGGAGUGGGAUCUAAGUGGCAUUCCCUGCUGUCAUGCAGUAGCUUGCAUAUGUCACAAUAGGAUGCAGCCUGAAAUGUUUGUCCAUGCCUACUUCUCCAAAGAAACCUGGCAAGCCAUUUACACACCUUUCAUUCAUCUAGUGAUGGGACAAACUCAAUGGAAUAAGAGUGGUCUAGAUCCAAUCUUGCCACCAUAG